AUGUCCAAAACAUUGUUUGACAAAUGUAAUUAAUAGACAACCUUACCAUGUCUUGAGAUUUGUGGAGAUUAAUUAGUUACUGGUUUUGAAAAGCGUGAUUUUGAAUUUGAAUAUGAUGGAUGCUAUAAUUGUUAAUAUUAAUGUUAACCUUAAUGUACAAAGUGUAUCAAAGGUUAGUGUUAAGAGUGUGAAACUAAAGGAUGGUAAUUGAUCCAUAAUAUAAUUCAUGGAGAUGUAAAGAAGUUUGUGAAGAUUAAAUUAUAAUUGCAAAUGAAUAAUGUGAUAAUGGUAAUUUAAAUGAUUAAGAUGGUUGCAAAAAUUGUAAAUAUUUUGGUAGGAUUGGAUGUAAUAAAUGUGAUUAUAACACAAAUACUUGUAAAUAAGUUGUGA